GAGGUUGCUGAUCGGGUGACGUCAACCAGGUGACUACGUACACUGUCACAGUAUGACGAAGGUUGGUCUUCUUGUUGUAGCCGUGGCGGCUCAUUUGAGCGUAAUACAUGGUGACUGUGUAUACGAUGGUACAACCUAUAUCAACGGUGCCAGUUUUCUAGACAGUGAAGGUUGCAACACAUGUUAUUGUAACGAUGACCAUAUUGCAUGUACUGAAAAGCUAUGCGUGAGUCCAGAAGUCAACGUCCAGGAACCUCCUCAAGUGCCCGAAGACGAAGUGAUGUUGGACUUCUGCACGUACAAUGGGAAGGAAUACAGAGAGGGUGAAAGCUUUAAAGACAAAAACGAUUGCAACACUUGCUUAUGCAGGGGUGGAUUCAUCGAAUGUACCGAGAUGUUCUGUGAACCUCUGGCAUAGACUCCUACAUUUGCAAGGAUUCUGGGCCAAGUUGAUGUCUAUAGUAGAGUACUAGCUGUUUUAUGUAUCAUUAGUGCUUGCUGCAUAAUAUCAAAUAACUAAAAAAUUGUUUGGUUUUAUGAGGCUGCUGCAUGUUUUACCAGUUAGUGGAUUAGUAUACAAUCUUGCUACAACGUUGUGAGUGUGUGUGUGUGUGUGUGUGUGUGUGUGUGUGUGUGUGUGUGUGUGUGUGUGUGUGUGUCUGUCUGUUUUUACUCAUUAGCAAUAGUCUCGGACUACAAGUAGAACAUUUCAUUUUAACAAUAACUGUUUGUAGUAGUGAAGAUUGUUGACAAUAAACUUGAUUCU